CGGUGUACUUUUAAAUGCUGGGGGUACUUUUGUAAACGGAGAUGGCUACCUACUCAAAGUCGACGUGAACAAAACGUGUGCGCGUCUUGUGUCUGUCUUUGAAGACUCUCAGCGAUAAUUUUCGAGAAGAGUAAUCGGAAAAACCAUCGGCGAUGGGUUGGCUGACGAGAUUUCUAGCAGCGGUGGCGUUUUUAGCCGCCGGAAUUAUAUUCUCACCGGAGACAUUCGGAUCGCUGUCGAAAGGCGAGAAUUCGGCGAAGCUUUUGAUCUUCCUGAAGCUAUCUCAUCUACUCAGCUUCGCUACAGCUUGGGGCGCGGCUCUCUGGGCUACCUUCAUCGGCGGAAUCAUCAUGUUCAAGAAUUUACCGAGGCAUCAGUUUGGUAAUCUUCAGAGCAAGAUGUUUCCAGCGUAUUUCACUCUGGUUGGUUCUUGCUGCGCAAUUUCACUGUCUGCUUUUGGGUAUUUACAUCCAUGGAAGUCAUCUUCUGCUGUGGAGAAGUAUCAGCUAGGGUUUCUUCUAUCGGCUUUUGCUUUCAAUCUCACCAAUUUGCUUGUGUUCACUCCCAUGACCAUCGAUAUGAUGAAGCAAAGGCACAAAGUAGAGAGAGAAAACAACAUUGGAGAUGAGGUUGGGUGGUCUAAGAACAGAGAAAAGGCAAAGACUAUCCCCAAGUUAGCUGCAAUGAACAAGAAGUUUGGAAUGAUUCACGGCUUAUCAUCGCUAGCUAACAUCUUUUCAUUUGGAAGCCUCGCUAUGCAUUCCUGGUAUCUUGCAGGGAAGAUGGAUCUCUAAGUUUCUCUCUUUUACUCAUCUCUCUCUCCCCGUAGAUUCUUGUCACAAAGCUUUUAUGCCCCUUUAAUGAAUAAAUCUCUCGCAUUUUAUUUGCCAACUAUAUCAGUACGAGAAGACUCCCUACGUAUUUCACUGAAAUCUUGAAAUCUUGAAAGAAUCUUGAAUAAAUCUCUCGCUUUUUUUGGUG